AUGCCACCUCUGAUAACUCACGUAUACACCGCGGAUCCUUCCGCUCACGUGUUCAACGGACGCGUGUAUAUCUACCCCUCGCACGACCGUGAAACCGACAUCAAGUUCAAUGAUAAUGGAGACCAAUACGACAUGGCGGACUACCACGUCUUCUCCACCUCCUCCCUGGAGCAACCUUACGAGGACGUGGUGGAUCACGGCGUGGUCUUGAAGACCGAGGACGCCCCGUGGGUAUCCAAGCAGCUCUGGGCGCCGGACGCUGCCGAGAAGAACGGCAAGUACUACUUGUACUUCCCGGCCCGCGACAAGGAGGGCAUCUUCCGCAUCGGAGUCGCCGUGGGCGAGAAGCCCGAGGGACCGUUCAAGCCGGAUCCGGAGCCGAUCAAGGGGAGUUUCAGUAUCGACCCGGCAUCGUUUGUCGACGAGGACGGCAAGGGAUACCUUUAUUUUGGUGGCCUGUGGGGAGGACAGCUGCAGUGCUACCAAGACGGCAACGACCAGUUCGACGCGAAAUGGCAAGGACCGCAAGAGCCGUCUGGUGCGGGAAAGAAGGCCCUGUUCCCAAAGGUGGCGAAACUGAGCGAUGACAUGCAUAGUUUCGAUGGCGAGGUGCAAGACCUGGUAAUCUUGGCACCGGAGACAGGCGAGCCAAUCGAUGCGGAUGAUCACGACAGGCGGUUUUUUGAGGCGGCUUGGGUGCACAAGAAGGAUGGACUAUACUAUUUCAGCUACUCGACAGGCGAUACACAUUACAUCGUUUAUGCAACGUCAGAGAGCCCGUUAGGCCCGUUCACCUACGCCGGACGUAUCCUGGAGCCUGUUUUAGGCUGGACGACGCAUCACUCCAUUGUCGAGUUUCAAGGACGAUGGUGGCUAUUCCACCAUGAUUGCGAGUUGAGCAAAGGAGUGGAUCAUCUGCGGUCUGUCAAGGUCACGGAGAUAUACUACAAUAAGGAGGGCAAGAUCACGACAGAGAAGCCCGAAUAA